AUGUCGAGAAAAGAUCUUGCUCGGGAAAUUGUGCCACGAAUUUUGGAAGGCAACUGGUGGGAUAUAUUUGACUAUCCUGAACGUAUCAUGGACCAAUUAUUCGGCGUUAACUUAUUCGAAGAUGACUUGCUCCCAGUAGGGGGUCAAAACGGAAGAUGCCGAAGGCAAAUCAAUAUUGCUGAUUCAGGAAAAUCUGAAGUUAAAAACGAUAAAGACAAGUUUCAAAUAGAUUUGAAUGUCAGCCAGUUCAAACCAGAAGAGUUAGAGGUGAAGAUUGCUGAUAAAUAUGUUGUGAUCCACGGCAAGCAUGAAGAAAAAAGCGAUGAACAUGGAUUUGUGGCCAGAGAGUUCACCCGUCUGUAUAUGUUGCCAGACACUUGCGAUGCUGAGACUGUCAAUUGUUCGCUCAGUCCAAAUGGAAUGCUCACAAUAUUAGCACCAAAGAAAGCGAACAAACCGCCAUUAAGGGAACGCAAGAUUCCUCUCAAUUUCGUUGCAGGUUUCGAGCCGAUGGACUGGGAGGCUUCCUGCACUGAGGAGCCGAUGGACUGGGAGUCCGUGGAUUGCCAGGAGCCUAUGGAUUGA